AUGUGUUCUCUGUUGGCAUCUCGGCUUAAUGUGUAUCGGAGAGGAAUCCCGAGCACAUGGGCCACACGGCAAUGGCGAGGAGCGUCCAUACACUUCUGGCACACCAUACGCCAAGAACAACCCAAUGGUCAAGCAAAUUUCCUCAACUAUGAGGACCUCGCAGUGUCGGACAUUGGAUCCCAACAAAUCUCGCUUUGGUCAGGCGAGGAACACCUGGGGCUCAUACCCGUUAAGGAGGUCAUCAAUGACUACCUGAGCCCAGGCACGAUGCUUGGCCUGAGGGGCGACCCGCCGGCCAAGAAAAGCCGUGCCGCGCCCCAGAGCUACGACUACGAGGUGCGCAACCUCAAGACCACCAGUACCGCGAGCUCCAGGCGCGGCCGUCCCAAGAGGCCGGACGCCAAGAAAAUCUGCCUGGAUGUAUUCACCAGUCUGCCCCGCCUGAAGAACCUCCUGGAGACGUCAUACAGGUUCCUGGACCCCAAGACCGGGGUGCGCAAUUUUCCGGUCGAGUUCCACAUCAAGGCGCACCCGAGAAAGGGCCUCACGGGCCUUUCAACGUUUACCUGGGGACGUGUCGAUCUGCACCCGGCUGUGAUCUUGCGCGCCUUGCCGGAGGGAGCGCUCCAGGUCGUCAAGCCAAAGGUCGACCUCCAGCGGGGUGAGGCCCUCUGGGUCGUUGUGCCAAAAGAUCUCCGGAUAGGGUCGGUGAAGCUUCCAAAUGACCCACACGAAGCGGCCAGCAUUUUUGAGAGGAUAGUCAUUAGGAAGAAGGAGUGGCUGAAGGAACAAAUCGAUGUUGGGAACAUGACGCCCACAGGUGAUAAAACGACACAAGGGCAAUACAACCCUCCACAAAAGUUCAUGUUGGACAAGCAGAUUCUUGAAGCUCGGGGAAAGGGGCAGGAUAGUGGAGAGAAGCCGAAAGAGUCCGAAGAUGGACUAUGA